AUGGCUUUCCGGUGGACCGAGGGAAGGGGGUGUCAGGAGAGGCUCUAAGGAAAAAAGGGACUUUGCCCGGAUUGCUUCAGAGCCUGGGACAUGGAACCGCUUCAAGGACAGGGAGGGCCUGGCCGACAGCUUAGGGAUUUUCCCCAGCUCCAUUCCUGAUGAAGAACAAAUAUGGCGGAUGGCGGGACGGAGGUUAGCUGGGUAUGAUAAACAAGAAGAUGACGGGGCAAAUGAUCCUAGAGGAGCAGACAAUAUACGGCUGAGCCGGUUCACCGGACAGUCUGGCUAGGGAAGGAAGGGGAGCCCGGCCGUGGGAGAGGUGCAGCUGUGAGGGGGGGCUAGAAUGGAGGCCAUGUCAUCCUGGCCCUGUCACCCUCUGCUGAGGGUUGGCCUUCUGUGGGACUCGGGAUUCGGGACCUUCUUUAGCUGCUCCCCUCUUUUUGCACCCAUGGCCACCCGCUCUGCAGGGUGCUGGGGGACGGUACCAAGACCCACGGGCUCAGAGCAGCAGCCCUGGAAGGAGGGUCAGAAGGAACCUGGAAGGAGAGUGAAGUGGGAACCUUGGCUCUGGCUCCGGCUCUUCAUCACACCCUUCGGGUGCCCUUGGCCAGCCCCCUUUCCGGUGGGGUUCUGGUCUUGUGGGCCACAGGAGCCCUGAAAAGAGCUGGUACAGGGAUAGCUUGUCUCUCAGCCAGCCACCACAUGGUGGCAACAAAGACAGCUAUUUCAGCGCAGUCUCCCUUCCCUUAGCCUCGCUAUACCAUUCUGUUCAUCCCAUCCCCUUCCCUGCUCUUCCUCCAAGCCUGCCCCUCCCACUGCCAGUCCACUCUGGAGGGGCCCCUUUUCCUCCCGCCUUCCUUCCCUGGUGGGGUGCUUGCCCCUCCUGCCUUGAGAAAAAAGACCCAGAAUGCCUCAGGAAAUGACUGGACGGCAAGUCUUGGACCCGGUUCCUCGAGCUCCAGGAUGGGGUUUGGCCGUGUCUGGUGAGUUGCUGCCUGUCUCGGAGCCUCAGUUUCUCCAUUUGUUUAAAGAAGGAAAAGAAAAAAAGGGCUUGUGUUUGGAGCUGGGGGUGGGUUGGGGACAGUCACAGCUUCUGCCCUCCCAAAGGAAGCGGCACUGCUUAAAUGGGAAUGGAGGCAAAGGCCACGAGGUAGUUGAGGCUCUGAGGCAACCCUCCUCCCUACCCCCCAUCUACAGAUGACCAUUCAAAGGGCCCGCUUUGGGCCAGUGCAAGCUACAGCUUCUAGGGAAGCAGUGAGUGCCUUCUCUUUCUGGGUUCUGAACAAUGGCUCGCCAGUCUGGAGAUGACCCGGGAAGCACUUGGUACCUAAUUUCAGGGACACACACGCCUUCCCCGUGGCUCUCGGUUCCCUCAGUCACUGGUGAAAGUGCAUCCUCUCGUCUAGGGGACCCUCAUCGUGCCCGGGGCCCACGUGUGAAUCAUCCCGACCACGGCCACCAGCCCCACAACGUGGCACUGGCUCGGGACCGCCACAGCCUCGAAGGUGUUUCGGCGGCCUCCCCAGCUGCCGGGCCUCCCCUCCGCUGUCCCCACCGAGCUCCUCUGCAUCCAUCUUUCCCGCUCCUACUUCCGUUCACACGCCAGCUCUUCCAUGAGUUUGCUGCCGGCGGGGUCCGUCUCAGUUGCAUACUCAUAGCCUCGGCGCCGAGCACGGUAGGCGCUUUUACUCCAUGUGUGGCGAUUGCCCAUUAGAUGCCCAUAAGAGACGGAAGGCUAGAUGACAAAUGGAGGGAUGGAGUCAGAGCGGCCACCCUUCCCACAGGCCCACUCGGCCCAUCACAGAAGAGUGGUCCUUUCCCCUCGUCCCCCUCUUCACUCUCUCCUCAUUCCCCACCCGUGCACAUCCAUCUCAUGGCCCUGUUCUGUUCGGACCCGGCCCAGGGGCUCACGGCACCCCCUGGGGGUUUGGAGAAUGGCCUUGAGCCCAAGACGGUAGCAUCUGAAAACCCGGAUCAAGUGCUGGCUCUGCGGCAGCAUCACCAAAUGCCAAAUCAAAGGAAACAGAGGCAGCCUCUAAAUUGAUUGAUUUGCAACUCGGAGGAAAAGCUAAGCGUCUGACUGAAAUGUCCGCCCCAUUGCUGAGUGAUGAUUUAAUAAUCCCACACAGGAACAGAAUGACUCACAGACGGGGUGUGAGAGAUGACACAGUGAGAGGGCACGGAGCAGACGGGGAGGAGACGGGCCAUGGCCGGGGCUCGGGACCCCAGAGGCCUCCCUCCGCUCCCUUCCCUCCAUCCUUCUUUAACGUGAGCUCGGGGCCGCGUCUGCCCCAAACACCGCUUCUCCAGAAAAUCUAGAGUGGGCAGUGAGGCUCAGAACGCCGCCAACAGUGAGGCUGUG